AUGGAUUAUUUAAGGCUUCCGUCCCUGGAUUAUGUGAGGCUUCCAUCCCUAGAUUCUCUGAGGAUUCCAUCCUUGGAUUAUCUGAAGCUUCUGUCCCUGGAUUAUGUCAAGCUUCCGUCCUUGGAUUAUUUGAGGCUUCCAUCCCUAGAUUCUCUGAGGUUUCCGACCCUGGAUUAUGUGAGGCUUCCAUCCUAUGUGAGGCUUCUGUCCCUGGAUUAUGUGAGGCUUCCAUCCCUGGAUUAUGUGAGGCUUCUCUCCCUGGAUUAUGUGUGGCGUGUCCCUGGAUUAUGUGAGGCUUCCAUCCCUCGUUUAUGUGAAGCUUCUAUCCCUGGAUUAUGUGAGGCUUCCAUCCCUGGAUUAUGUAAGGCUUCCAUCUCUGGAUUAUGUGAGGCUUCCAUCCCUGGAUUAUGUGAGGCUUCCAUCCCUGGAUUAUGUAAGGCUUCCAUCUCUGGAUUAUGUGAGGCUUCCAUCCCUGGAUUAUGUGAGGCUUCCAUCCCUGGAUUAUGUGAGGCUUCCAUCCCUGGAUUAUGUGAGGCUUCCAUCCCUGGAUUAUGUGAGGCUUCCAUCCCUGGAUUAUGUAGGCUUCCAUCUCUGGAUUACGAGGCUUCCAUCCCUGGAUUAUGUGAGGCUUCCAUCCCUGGAUUAUGUGAGGCUUCCAUCCCUGGAUUAUGA